AUGCCUCUCCUGACUCUCUGCUUCUCCUCACCAGGAACUGUCCCCCUGAAAACUCUGCAGUGCUACAAUGACUACACCAAACGCAUCACCUGCAGCUGGGCUGACACGGAGGAUGCCCAGGAAAUCAUUAACAUGACCCUCUACCACCAGCAAGGGAAGAAACACCUAGUGUCCUGUAACCUCAGUAAAGACCUCCUAUGGACAGAGUGCCCAUCAUCCCACCGCUGUGUGCCCAGAAGAUGUGAGAUCCAGCAUACAGAUUUUUCCAUCACAAGUGAAGACUACUACUCCUUCCAGCCAGAUCGUGAUCUGGGCAUUCAGCUCACGGUUCCCCUGGCCCAGCACGUUCAGCCACCGCCUCCCACGGACAUCAGCAUCAGCCCCUCUGGGGAUCACUUCCUGCUGGAGUGGAGUAUGUCCCUUGGGGAUGCCCAAGUCUCCUGGCUUUCACCAAAGGACAUACAGUUUGAGGUGGCUUGUAAGCGGCUUCAGGACUCCUGGGAGGACGCCUCCAGCCUCCACACUAGCAACUUUCGGCUCACUCUCCA